GUUAUCAUUAAUAUUUUGAUUGGUUUUAUUACGAUCAUUAUCCUUAUUAUCAUUGGAGCUUUUUUUAUGAAAAUGCACCAACAAGCACGAAUGAACACCGCCACCAACGCCACCACCUCCACCAGAAGCAAGGAGGAACGAGGAAAAAAGAAAUGAAGGAAGUGAAACAAAGCUAAAUAAAAAAUCAGAUCAAACAAACAAACAGCAAGCUAAAAUAACAGAGGGGGAGGCGAGGAGCUUCUGACAAUACGCCGUGAGGUUUGUGUCCUUCCACCAAUGGCAGAGCCGCGUGGCGCAGGGCGGGGCUUGCCUACUGGCCAAUUGGAGCCUCUCAAAUUAUCAGAAAUUAAACUUUUUUUUAUAAUAUAGUUAAAAGAUCUUUCUUACUUCUCACACUUCCCGUGCUGCCCCUCCCCUCCCUCCCCCCAUCCCUGUUGACGGGAAGCUGAAUGUAGUAUAUAGGCGCGGUGUCCAGGCUUGGGGGCUCCAGUGUAACUUCUGAAGGUGAGGGAGCUCGGCAUGGCUCUAGGAAUGUCCCCGCCUCAACUUCACAGCCUGACCAGUGAUCUGGAGGAGAUGCAUCUUGACCCACGUGGCUGGCCCUCCUCCUACCACCAGGACGCCAUGCACAGCGACACCAAGCAAGACAUCCUGGGUUUCGGCUCCACUACCACCUACCACUGCUAUCCCGUCAACCAGUGGACUAGUGCGCAAGUUCAGGAAUGGCUGAAAACAAUAUGCUACGAGAACAACAUUGACUUUGGCAACCUGGCCUGCUUCGCGGAGUGCACGGGCUCCCAGCUGUGUGCCAUGAGCCAGAGUCACUUCAUGGAGGUUCAUCCUGUCUAUGGAGAACUCUUCUUUAGAAAAUUUCGAGAGUACUUGGACCACUGCCAGAGACAAGACCGCCAUUACCGACACCACCUUCACCACCAACACGACCACCACCACCACCACUACUCCCACCACCACCACCACCAGAACUCACCACCAACAGCACCGCCCUCACCAUACAUCCUACAGAACCCUACCACCCCCACCACGUACCACGAGCUUCUGGCGAGGCCUCAACCCCCCCUGUACCAAACCUCCUGUGUUACCUGGCAGGACGUCCCCUAUCACCACAACACCUACCCCGGGGACACCGCCGCCUCCUACACCACUGAGGGCACGCUUCCCCCGGCCUCAGGAGAUUUCCCUGGGAUGGGGCACAACACCAUGGGGGUCUACCAGCCUGGGUAUUCCUUGCCCUUCGAAUGUACUGGAGACUCGACGCCAUCACCACCGUCCGCUUCCCUCCCCAUGACGCCCCAGUACCUCCCAGUAGGACAUCUGCCCACCUCCUCCUCGCCUUCAUCACCUUCGCCCUCUUCACUGUCACCGCUCCCCGGCCAGCAAGCGGACACACGCAGGGACCGGGGACCUAAGCUUUGGGAGUUCCUUCUCGACCUACUAGAAGACCCCGCCUGUAACCCCGCUAUCAUCCGCUGGGAGAACCAAGAGGAGAGAACCUUCCGCCUCACCAGUCCCCAUGAGGUGUCCCUACGCUGGGGGCAACGCAGGCCUAACCAGAACACCCUCCCUUACGACUACUUCGCUAGAGCACUCAGGUACCAUUACAAGACAGGCAUGCUCAUCUCAGUGCCGGAGAGAAAGUUGGUGUACAAGUUUGGCAGCCUCGUAUUCCAGCAGCGGCGCAGGGGAGCUAACAGCCUCAUGUACCCAGAGUCCCCACACCCGGACAACACCUCAGGACACCCCUCCUGAAGGACACACUUCCUGCAGGACGGCAUCCCACGUGGCUCAUCCUCCAGGGCUUCCACUGUUUCUCUCCUGCCUCGGGAACCUGUUGGUGGUGUCGACGAGAAACAGUCCCGCGCCUCUAAAGCGGCGUCUACAUGAUGUGUUAUGGAGCGUGGCGUGGAGGCAUUCCCUGCAUGGGCGCUGCACCCCGCGCUCCGCCACGAUGGCCUAUGACAUUUGAACUGUCAAAGGAGACUAAUUAAGCAUGGAUGCUGCCACCACCAACUUAGCUCAUCAAGAGGUACUGUUGUGGUGCAUUGUGGGUGCAGCUUGCAUAAAGCUGAGAGAAAGGAAGAUCCUUGUCAAUGAGUUGCACAGUGGCCGCUGCGUCCAUUCAAUGUUCCCAGACAAAAAGCGAAGCGGUGCAGGAGAGAUACAGCCUCCCUUCGCUGGGUUGCACAGCCCAUCAAGUGCCUCUCAGCUUCGGAAUCACCCGUCGGUCCUUGCCCGCCAAAUAUGGUCAUCAGGGGAAGUGCGACUCGCAGCGUAACACUACACGACCCAUCCAUCAUGUAGACGCCGCUUACGACUUCCGCGGUGUGCCAGCUGCCAGCGACCACUGAAUCACAGGUGGCUCACGCACGCUAUUCUGUUUCGCGUCUUGCAGCUGGAGGUGAGACGCACACCUCAGCCUCACCAUCAUCAUCUUGAGCUAAAUUGGCAUAAGUUACAACUCCAGUGCAGGAAACACAAUUCUCCCGGAAUUUCCACUCCGUACUCCAUUCCUUCGUCCUUCCUGUUUGAGUUUCCGAUGUUCCUUCAUUUCCUAUUUCCAUUUCUAGCUUGCUUUCCGUCAGCUUAGUAGUCAGUCACCUUAUUUACUGAGAUCAAAACUAUAUUAUAUACCUUGAUCCACACUUCUCCACCUCUGCUUCCCUCUCUAUUCAUAUCAACAGAGGAGCUCAGCAGCAAACACUGCCACACUGCCACAUUGCUACGGGGACCUGCUAUGCUCCUUCAUAAAAUGUUACGCCAAUGCACGAAUAAGAUGAUGUCAACAGGCUACUUUUUGUGCUCCAGUUUUAGGAAAAGAAACGUAAAAAUUGGUUUAUUGUAUGUAGUAUUAUAAGAACAUGGUAUAGAAAAUGAGGCAGGCUCUCUCUCUCUCUCUCUCUCUCUCUCUCUCUCUCUCUCUCUCUCUCUCUCUCUCUCUCUCUCUCUCUCUCGUACCUGCCAAAGCCUAAGGUGCCAUAAAUAGUACAAUCAACAUUGCCUUAUAAUGUGCCUUGGACAAUCUAUAUUUUGUUACUACCUAGGAGUGUCAUUUAACGUGUGUGUGUGUGUGUGUGUGUGUGUGUGUGUGUGUGUGUGUGUGUGUGUGUGUGUGCUUGGGUGCUUGCGUGUGUGCGUGCACGUCCCGUUAUUGAGUGUAUGAACAGCUCUCUCUCUCUCUCUCUCUCUCUCUCUCU